CAAUUAUGGCAUGGAAGUUGGCUUCAAAGGUACAGGAUAUCCUCUCCAAGAUACAGUGCAAUGAAGAAUUGGAGACUGUUGAGCCAAGAUGCAGUGAUGAAUGUCCCCACAAUUUUGGUUCGAAACGUGGCAACUUCUUCCAAUCUAUUACUAAUGGGCUAAACUAAAGCCCAAAGCAGUCUCUUCCUGAUCGUCCGAUCAUUGGGAUUACUCCAUCACCGUCCCAUCAUCAUCAACUCUAAUAAUCCCUCCAGGAAAUCCCCAGCCCCUAUAUAAGCCCAUAUUGAAACCUAAUUCCCAAAACUUCCAUUCUUUCAUUUCUUUAGGAAAAUUUCUAUUGAACAAUUCCUUUUUCCUUUUCACUUAUUCGAAUCAAAUUCACCGAUCAUGAGAUUCAAGAAAGGUACCAAAGUUGAGGUUUUAAUCAAGAAGGAGGUUCCAACCGGCGCUUGGUGCUGCGGCGAGAUUAUCGCUGGCAAUGGCCAUACGUACAGCGUGAAGUACGGUUGGUUUCCGAUCACUGGCGAGGCGGCGAUGGUGGAAAAAGUCCCUAGGAAAGCGAUUAGGCCUUGCCCUCCUCCUAUAAAUGGGACGGAUGAUUGGUUUGCUGGCCAUGUCAUUGAGGUUUUCGACGAGUUGUGUUGGAAACCGGCAGUGAUCGCUAGGGUUUUGGGUGGAAACAACUUUUCUGUUAGGAUUAUUGGAUCGAAUAGCGAACUCAAAGCGCAUCAAUCUCGAUUGCGUGUUCGACAAUCUUGGCAAGAUGGAAACUGGUUCCUGGUUCGAAAGGUUUCGUCAAGCUCCACUCGAUCGCCUAAGAGAAAAAGAUCUUCUCUUGGUGAUAUUGGUGUGCAGAAGAAGAGGGUGAUUGACAAAGGUUGUAUUGGUGGUAAAAGGAUAAUAGUUCGGCUUCUUAUCCAGCCUCUGAAAAGAAUAUCUCAUGGCAAAUGUUGGGGGCAUCCAUACCUUGCUUCAAAACUCAUAAGCCAUGAUGGGUUAAGUUUGUCACCUCUUGCUGUUGACCAGCGGGCAACAUCCAUGGUUUAUUCCCUAACGGAAUCCUUAAGACCUGCUGUUGGUAUGAAUUUAUGUUCAAAAAUAUUUUUGAAUCUGGAGUUAUCUAUGAAAAUGCUGGUAUAGGUCACUGAAUCUCUUUUUGCUGAUAAAUCAAAAUAAUCCAAAAGAUGUCCUUCAGCUUUAGUAUGUGAAUUGAUCUGUUGCUGUUGCUCUUGCAGAAAGAUAGUUCUUUUUUUUUUUUUUUUGGAAAAUACAAGUGAAUUCAAGUUUUAAUAGCCAGAAAUUUCGGUAUCUCUGGAUUGUGCAUAUCCAAUAAUGGAACAUUUUCAGUUGGAUAAUUAAUAGAUGGCUCUGAACCUACCUCUGCAUCCUCUCUCUCUCUCUCUCUCUCUCUCUCUCUCUCUCUGUGCAAAGACUUCUCAGUUUUCAUAUUAAAUGCUUGAGUAGACAAGAAUAUGUUACCAUCUUUGAACCACACAAGAUAAUAUUUGGCCUUCUGGGGAUGCAUUCUAGCUCUAUCAUUCUCCGUUUAAACAAGUUUGUGCAUUCUGAUUAUUGAUGAUAUUGGUAAGUUAAAAUUUUUAUUUACUUAAAAUGAUCAAAUGGUGUUUUAACUUCAUAUUUGGUUGCUUGAUUUUGUUAGAUGGGUACUUCUAAGUCUCUUUGAUGAACUACAAGUUUGAAAACCUUCCUGUCUAUGAGAGUGUUUGUUGUAAAGAAAAUUUUCUUGCACCAUAUAACACUAUUUAUUUUCUUUAUCAUGGAUUCUGCAUGACAAAAAUCCAUGCUGCAGUUAACAUGUUCUUUUCCUCCUAUCAUGUACACUGAAUGAAAAUCCAUGUUGUGGGUAUUAGGCAAGAUAGAAACCUGGUAAAGUCUAUAGGAGGAGGGACAAGGACAGCAAUGCAAAUAUUAUAAUAUGGCAAGAUUCUAAAGCCAUUAUCUACUUAAAGGGAAUGUUGGCUGAUAAUCAUUAAGGUGUUUGCUGUCACUUAAUAAGGCCCUAUCGAUCAUAUUAGGACAUCAUGAAGAUGCUGGCUGUCUUCUAAUCUUGUCUAUAGCAUUUAAUCAUGACUAACCCUUUAUCUACUUGCUGACAUUUAAUCAUGACUACGGCAGGCUGCCCAAACUUUGACUGCCUUUAUAUUAGGGAGAUUUUUGUGUGUUGUAGUGUUAUGUAGAGAGAAAUUAAUUUUGAAUGUUGAACGUGUGAUUGCAUUCCUAGGCAGUGAUUCUAUAAUCCAAAGUUUGUUUUUUGAAGUUAUUGUCUUUCUUGAUUUUAGUUUUCAUAAUUCACCUAAAUUCCCUUUUUUUCUUCCUAAUUUUUUUUAUUGUUUAUGUUCAUAUGUCAAUAAAGUUUUUAAGCCUUACAUAUCCUAUUGUUAUUGUUUGAACCUAAAUUUUAAGUCCUAAAUCAGCUUCUAUCUUGUCUAAAUAUGCUGUUUAUAAGAUCCUACAUCAGGGAUGCUUGGGGAGACUUGUAUGGGUUGAUGUUUGAUGAGAAGAUUGUUGUAU